AUGUACAUUUCAUACCCACCCAAUCGCAACUCGUCCACCAAGGCCUUGCUUUAUGUAACGGAUAUUUUUGGUGUUCCGCUUCUACAGAACAAGCUGUUGGCUGAUUCUCUGGCUGCAAAUGACUAUCUGGUUGUCAUGCCCGAUCUGUUCAGAGGGGAUGCAAUUUCUGUUGAAGAGCAAGAGGCAGGACUGAAUCUUACCGAAUGGCGCGCCUUGCACCCAACUUCCGAAAUUGACAGCAUCAUCAACACGACCAUCAACUACAUGCGCAGCGAUAUGCAAGCUGCAAGGAUCGGCGGGCUCGGCUAUUGCUUCGGUGGGAAGUACGUGCCGCGGUUCAUGACUUCAAGCGGAGGACUGGAUCUUGGCUUCAUUGCUCAUCCGAGUAGUUUGACCGAGCAAGAGAUUGGUGGAAUCACCAAAGGGAUUAGUAUUGCUGCCGGUACCCUUGAUGGAUCCUUCAAUUCCUCUGCCAAGGUACGCGCAGAGAGCAUAUUGGCUGCAAACAAUGUGACUUUCCAGACGAAUCUUUAUUCUGGUGCGCCGCACGGGUUUGCCGUUCGAGUCAACCAGAGUAUUCCGCAGCAGGCAUAUGCGAAGCAAGCAAGCUUCAUGCAAGCUGUGACGUGGUUCGAUGCGUGGUUGUAG